AUGGCUACUGGCGCCUCCAACCCUCUAGGCCCCAUCGUGGGCGGCAGUACGGCUCGUCGUCCAUCGCCAGCCACGAAGCUGACGGGCCGGUACAUCACCAUGGUCGGCCUGUCCCCCAAGCAUGUGGAAGCGUUCUACCCGCACCUCUCGGGGCACGAGAAUGCGCAUCUCUGGGACUACAUGGGCGACGGACCGUUCUACGAUAUCGCAGACUUCCGCGCCAACGUCGAGGCCAAGGCCGUGAGUAAGGAUCCCGUGUUCUGGGCCAUAAUACCGAGCGAUCAGCCCUUGAGCGCGAACGGCAGCGACAAUAUCGUGGGUGCGGCAAGCCUUAUGCGCAUUGAUACGAAUAACCGCUGCAUCGAGGUGGGCACCAUCAUGUUCUCCCCGCAGCUUCAACGGACGCACGCAGCGACGGAGGCCAUGUACCUGCUGGCAAAGCAUGCGUUCGAGGAUCUGGGGUACCGGCGGUACGAGUGGAAGUGCAACGCGCUCAAUGCGCCGAGCCGGAGGGCGGCGCUGCGGCUGGGGUUCACGUUUGAGGGCAUCUUCCGGAAGCACAUGGUGGUCAAGGGCCGGAAUCGGGAUACCGCUUGGUAUGCCAUGGUCGAUGACGAGUGGCCCGAAGUCAAGCGGGCGCUGGAGGCCUGGUUGAACCCGGCGAAUUUUGAUGAGCACGGGAUCCAACUGCAGAGGUUGGAGGAAAUGAGGAAGUAG